ACACAGCAUAAACUCAUUCAAGAACCGACUCUUGGAGAACAAUUAUAUCACAAACAAAGAUGAUUAUAUCUGUUUCCAUAUUAGUCUCUCUCGCACCAUACAUAGCCUCAGCAUUGCUUCUCUUCCUUUUCCUAGAGCAACUCUCUUACCAUGUCAAGAAACGUAACAUCCCUGGCCCUUUCUUUGUCCCUCCCAUCAUCGGAAGCGCCGUCUCUCUCGUCACUGACCCCACUACCUUCUGGGACAAGCAAUCCGCAACGGCCGGAACCUCCCCCGGCCUCUCCGCCAACUACCUCAUCGGAAAAUUCAUCGUAUACAUCAGAGACACAGAGCUCUCCCACCAAAUCUUCUCCAACGUCCGUCCCGAUGCUUUCCACCUCGUGGGACAUCCCUUCGGCAAGAAGCUAUUCGGUGAUCACAACCUCAUCUACAUGUUCGGUGAGGAUCAUAAAUCAGUUCGUCGCCAGCUUGCUCCCAACUUCACCCCAAAAGCACUCUCAACCUACACUGCCCUCCAGCAGUUAGUUAUCCUCCGUCAUCUACGCCGGUGGGAGGAAACAUUCUCCGGCGAGUCAGGACCCGUGUCGCUGCGAAACCUAGUCCGUGAACUUAACCUAGAAACCUCUCAGACAGUUUUCGUCGGACCGUACCUUGACAAAGAAGCAAGAAACAUGUUCCGUACGGAUUACAAUAUCUUCACCCUCGGAUCCAUGGCCUUACCGAUAGACCUUCCAGGGUUCGCCUUCGGCGAAGCUCGCCGCGCGGUGACUAGGCUGGCGGAUACACUCGCCGUCUGCGCGGGAAAGUCGAAAGCGAGGAUGGCGGCGGGGGAAGAGCCGACGUGCUUGAUUGACUUCUGGAUGCAGGCCAUCGUCGAGGAGAGUCCCGAUUGCAAACUCCUUCAAUCCAGUUUCCCAAAACCUCUUAGAAAAUUCUUCAAAACCCACCAAACAACACAAGAACACCAAGAAAGACAAAAGAAAUUAAGGCAAGAAGACAAAGCAAACCCCUCUUUCUCUAAAAAAUUAUCAACCAUUUGCAUAUAUAUAUACUACACAGCAUAA